CUUAUAAUUUCAAGAGCUAAAAAAAUCUACUCUUGAAAUUUUUUUCGCUAUUCAUAUUCAGACCAUUUAAAAUUCAAUCUCUGAUAGCUGAUUAAUUUUGAAAUAAGAAGUGUGGAAAUUUCUUGCUGAAAGUGAAAAAAAAAUCUUCUUAAGAGCAAUCUUUAGGUGUCUGUACCUAAGGAUAGGCUGCGCAAAAAAUUAUAUGAAAGAGCCACAUUAUUUUUUGACAGAAGAAAUUUUUCGCAACUUUUUCAUUUUACAUCCUGUAUAUUUUUUUUUUCAAUUUUAGGUUGACAUUUUGAAGUUUUCGGUAAAAUUUUGGAUUGCUUAACCUUGUGCAAAAUUUGAAACGUUUUCGAUCGAUUAUUCUGAACAGUAAUUAUAAAAGAAAUUCAGAAAAUUUCAUGAAAUAUACAUAUGACUUCAGAAAUGUCCUAUGUAUGUACAGGGGUAUAUAAUAUAUGGGAUGUACAACAAGAGUUGUUGCCUCUGGGUAUAUAAGAAAGUUCCAGAUAAAUCUUUUCAUCUUGGGUAAGGACAAUAGUCAAACCCCCUCCGCAAGCUCAUUGGACCAAAUUUCGGAAACUGGGGUAGCUACCCAUAAAAUAGACGCACGUUGUCCAUUUGGUCCAUUUUUACACAUCUAGUCACAGCAGCGUGGUCUUUCGUUGUAUCACACAUUUGUUAAAUUUAUUUCAAAGUUAUUUUAAACCCAACGAAAAUAUCAUGGACGCUUCAAACGUAAAAGAGGAUUUCUGCCCGCUUUGCAGGACCGUUAUGAAGAACAGCGUUGAAGAUCACGUUGAAACAGACCGGCACAAGUACAACACACUAGUACUACAUUCAUUGAACAACCGUGGCGAAAAUGCACGAAACAAAUCUGGCGUGACACUUCGUCUAGACAGCCUGUAUAAGGGAAAUUCUAAGCUGACCUACUUUGAAGAUUGUGGAAAAUAUGUCCUGGACGUGUACGAUGUGGACCUACCCAAAUUCGAACCGAUACUCGAAUUUAUGUGCGUCUUCUCCAAUAGGACUGAUAAAUCCAUGAUGAUAACCCACGGCAGCGUUCUCGAUGGUCCAGGAUUCAUGUACGACGCUGAAGACAACGGUUGGUUAGAAUCCGACUCUAGAGUCUGCAUGAAACCGGGUUCCUUGUAUUCGAAUGUACGCAUCGCAAUCGAUAUAAAGGAAGCAAUCUGCGGAAAGUACACGAUACCUUUCGCUUUUAACGUUGAAAGCGCCGGAAAGAACAUAUUCAUCUCCAGAACAAUCAUCGUCGUCAUCAAUGGAAGCGACGAAUGGACGUUCAGGUUGCCCGGGGAAGGCAGAUCCAGAGUACCGAAUCAAGCCAAAAGAUGCGAAUGGAUCAGCAGCAACAUCGUGAAGCCGACGAAGGAAAGGAAAUGCUAUGCGAAUUACAAAAUCGACGACAAGCUGGUUGAAUAUUUAAAGGCGACGGAAAAUAACAGCAAUGAAACUGAAAAUGAAGAUAUGAGGCAAAUGAGGGAAAUGAUGGAGGGUGGACUCACCUUGGAAAAUUACCAGCAAUUUUUCAAGAAUUGCUUGUGGGCGGAAGAAGAAACCAUGCCGUAUGGCUCAAGGUUUCUGACCUUGGAAAAAGUAAGUACAUCACGAUCCGAGAAGUCUCAAAGUUCCAUCCGUGGUUCGGGAUUGAUGAAACUUCCUAAUUUCCAGAUUUCUGCCAAAAUUGCCCAUGGGGUCCUGGUGUUCCCCAUAUAUAACCUCGCAGAUCGCAGGGUGGACCUAACGGCCGGAAACCUGAUCCGGGUGAGGCUGCACAAGGGUACCCAGAUCUACGAGGGGUAUAUCCUGGGCAAGCGAUGGGGUUGGCUGGAAGUACAUCGUAUCAACAGACGGUAA